AUGUCUUCCGCCGAUGCAAAGGUCCUGUCUCUAAGUCCACUGCCCGAAAGCGAGGCGAAGUGGACAAAGCUCGUCAAGAUACAGUACAGAGACCCUCGCGGAAGGACCCGUGACUGGGAAUCUGCCGAGCGCAGAACCCGGCCCAAGGGCAGCGACAUUGACGGGGUCGGCAUUGUGGCCAUUCUGGAGAAGUCCACGGCACCCGAAAUUGUGCUCCAAAAACAGUACAGACCUCCAGCGAACCAGGUCAUGAUCGAGGUCCCCGCCGGACUCGUCGAUGAGGGCGAGACAGCCGAGCAAGCAGCCGUGAGAGAGCUCAAGGAGGAGACCGGCUAUGUGGGCAGAGUCACAGAGAGCUCGCCCCUCAUGUGGAACGACCCGGGUUUCUGCAAUACUAAUCUCCGAAUGGUCCAUGUCUCCAUCGACAUGAACCUGCCUGAAAACCAGAACCUCAAGCCUGAGCUGGAAGAGAACGAGUUCAUCGAGGUCUUCUAUGUGCCGCUGAGAAACCUGUGGGAAGAGUGCAAAAAGCUGGAGGCCGAAGGGUAUGGCAUCGAUGCGCGGGUCGGCACCCUGGCUGAGGGCAUUGAGCUGGCCAAGCAGUUCAGCUUCUAG